CGUCCUGACGUACCCAGCAGUGUUACUAAAGCUCACAAUGGUGUUUUGGAGGAUACCAAGAUGGAUGGAGAGCAGAAGGUGAUGGAACAAAAGGCAGGUGACACAUUAGAAGUUCAAACUCCAUUGAAUGCGAGUAAAACGGAAACUGUCCAAUCUCCUGUUUCUCCUGUAAAAGGUGUCAGUAUCAGUCAGCCUAGUGAAGGCAACACACAGAAAAAGGAAACAGAUUCUUCCGCCAGUGAACACAAAGGUGAGUCAGGUGUGAUAGGUUCUGAUGGGAACCAAGAACAGAUAAAGGAAACCACACACGGUCCUCAACAACAAGAGAAUCACAAUACAGAAACAAAUAUCACAGGUACAACAAGUACAGAAUCCCAUGUUACUGCUGACUCAAAACCACAUCCUACUACAGAUGCAUCACCUAGUGAAAUAACUCAAUCUGGUCUAUCUAUUGAUGAUUCAAACACACUAAAUAACACGAGCACAGAGCCCAACAGUAUCACUGAUAAUGUGACAACUACAGAGAUUGAAUCAACAAAUGGUGUCGAUACUGUGGGUGCAUCAGCAGAAGGGAAUACCACAGCGAACACGACCUCUGUCACUCUCAAUACAACCAGUAAUGAGGACUCAAUCUCAACUACCACCACUACAAUUCCUCCUAUACCUGGAAUCAGCAAUAACACCAUAAUGCCAAAUUUGAAGGGUGAUGCAGACAGCAGCAGCAGUAUCAGCAGUUCUGUUUGGGUGCGUGUACCACUACUGAUUGUGGUUACACUGACCUGUAUUCUUGUGUGCUGA